AUUAACUCAGGCUGCUUUAAUUCUUCUUUAACCUGCUGUAGGAAGUGAAAAGAAGCAACAAAAAGUCCCAAUGGAGCCCAAAAAGAAGUUACUAAACUCCGUCGACACCUGUGUGGACGAGGCUCUCUGCGGCCUGGUGAGGUCCAAUGGGGGCCUCUCUCUCCUGAAGGGCCACAGAGUCGUCCUCCGCUCCGACCCGGACAACCUGAGGGGCAAAGUGGCCCUGCUGUCCGGAGGAGGGUCGGGACACGAGCCGGCACAUGGAGGUUUUGUCGGAGCAGGGAUGCUGUCUGCAGCUGUGGCAGGUGGAGUGUUUGCGUCUCCGCCUCCUGCGAGCAUCCUGGCUGCUGUUCUCUCCUUGCACAGUGCAGGGGCCUCUGGAGUCCUCCUCAUCGUGAAGAACUACACCGGAGACCGCCUCAACUUCGGCUUGGCUGCAGAACAGGCUCGUAAUCAUGGUGUUGCAGUUGAAAUGGUGAUAAUCGCAGAGGACUGUGCCUUCAACCAGCCCAGUAAGGCCGGCAGGAGAGGCCUGUGUGGCACCGUCUUCAUACACAAGCUGGCAGGUGCUUUAGCAGAAGAAGGCUGCUCAUUGGACCAGAUAGUUUCCAAAGUGUCAGAAGUCCUGAAGGGGAUCGGUACACUCGGGGUGAGUCUGUCCCCCUGCAGUGUCCCCGGCUGCCUGCCGUCCUUUGAGCUGCCGCCUGGAGAGAUGGAGCUGGGACUGGGUAUUCACGGGGAACCUGGGGUCAAAAGGUCAAAGGUGGCAACAGCAGACGAGGUGGUAAAGACGAUGAUCGAUCACAUGACCAACCCUGACAGCCAAUCACAUCUCUCCAUCAAGUCAGGUGACAGCGUCGUCGUGUGUGUGAACAACCUCGGAGCUCUGUCGUGUCUGGAGAUGGCGGUGGUUACCAGAGCCGCCAUCGUCUGCCUGGAGAGUCGGGGUGUAGUCAUUGCGAGGGUGAUGUCAGGGUCAUUCAUGACGUCUCUGGAGAUGGCGGGAGUGUCGCUGACGCUGAUGAAGGCCAACAAGGAGACACUGAGGCUGUUCGAUGCUGAGACCAGCGCCCCCGCCUGGCCGAACCUCAGCAGGAUGAGUGUUAGCGGACGCAGCUACAUGACUGACGCUCAAGUUGUGAGCACACGGCCGCAGGACGACACGUACUCUGAAGGUCCACUGAGUCCUGUGAUGCGUAAAGUGCUGGAGAGAGUUUGCUCCACCCUUUUAGAGAAGCAGGAGGAACUCAACGCGCUGGACCGAGCUGCAGGGGACGGUGACUGUGGGAACACUCACGCUCAGGCCGCUAAAGCCUUUCAGGACUGGCUUCAGGGUCACGUGGUCCCUGGUUGCCCGGGGAAGCUGUUAUCUAUCCUCGCUGGAUUGGUGCAGGAGAAAAUGGGCGGGUCUUCUGGAGCGCUGUACAGUCUGUUUCUGACUGCUGCAGCCGGUCAUGUGACUGAGGGGCGGAGCAAUGCUGCAGCUUGGGCUACCGCAAUGCAUGCUGGGACACAGGCCAUGAGAAGAUACGGGGGAGCCGAUCCUGGAGAUAGAACCAUGUUGGACGCUCUUUGUCCUGCUGUGGACGAGCUGAUGAAGCUAACAACGGCGCCCCCUGGUGGAGAGAUGCUUGUACUACAGAAUGCAGUGCAGAAAGCUGCCAAGGGGGCGGAGUCAACCCGUGACCUCACAGCGAAGGCGGGGCGAGCCAGCUACAUCGCAGCCGAGCGGGUCACCCUGCCUGACCCCGGCGCCGUGGCUGUAGCGGCCAUCUUGAAAGCAGUGCUGGAGUCAUUAGAAGACUAGAAGUGACCCAAAUGAUUAUUAUCACCUGACUCAUACGAUCAUAUCAACACAGUCAGGCCUCAAGAAUGCAAACCUUCAAUGUGAGCGAUGUUUCCCGUCACUCUUACUUCCUUGAAACAUUCCUCCAGAUUUUGAAGUAAUUUGUUUCACAAUUUUUACACAAUAACAGCACAGAAAUAUUAAAAAGAAAGCGUACAGUAGACUUUGAGAAUUGGUAAUCAUGAUGUUAAAGGUGACAUAUCACGCUUUUUUCAUCAAUAUAUAUUGGUCUAAGAGGUCCCCAAAACAUGUCUUUAAAGUUUAUGCUCAAAAAAACACUUUGAAAUCAGAUUUUGGUCUGCCUGAAAACCCCUCUUCUUCAGUCCUCCUCAGAACAGUCUGUUUUCUCUCUGACCACGCCCCCUCAGGAAGUGGAUGUGCCUCGGCUCUCCAGCACGUUGAUCUAAUGUUUACAUGUGAGCUGAAUAUACACGGCUGCUCAGAGAUCACGUUACUUCAACCCUCUGAAUCUGAUCCAGAAUCUGAUCCUGACGGAGAGGCGCCUGCAGCAGGACCUUUCUGAAGGAUUGGUCACAGAUUUAGUGUUUCUUGUUGUUUUAUUUAUCAGUAUGUCGACGUGUGUCUUGGUACACAGCUACGAACAUGUAGCUAUGUGGCUAUGCUAACUAGCGCUAGCACUUAUCCAUGAUAAAUAAAAAUCAUCCACUAGAUCUUCAAAUCUGCAGACGUGGGGAGUAAAACCGACCUCUGCCAGAAAGGCAGCAGGACCUUUCUGAAGGAUUGGUCCCAGAUUUAGUGCUUCUUGUUGUUUUAUUUGUCAGUAUGUCGACGUGUGUCUUGGUACACAGCUACAGCUACGACAUGUAGCUGUGUAGCUAUGCUAAUUAGCGCUAGCACUUAACCAUGAUAAAUAAAAAAUCAUCCACUAGAUCUUUAAAUCUGCAGACGUGGGGAGUAAAACCGACCUUUGUGUUUAUUAAGACAGCCUACAACUAGCAUGCCUCCCUCCUAAGCUCCUUGUUAGCACACAUGUGUGCAGGUAAUGAAAAACGGAAAAGUUGAGUUAUAUUUUAUACAGUCUAUGGGCUGAACAAGCUCCGAGCUCUGACUCCGUGACUCGUUUCACACACAUUUACAGAAAGGUGGAGGUUUUUCAUUCUCGGGGGGUUUGUAGACAGGGACACAUAUUUCAGGUAGAGAACCAUUGAAAAGUCCAUUUUGCAUGAUAUGUCACCUUUAAAACUUUAUUUUAGUCAAUGAACAGAAUGAUUCUGUUUGAGAGUUUCUAAGGUUGAAUCAUGAAUAUAACAUUUUUUGCAGCUAACAAAUUCAAUGGAGGCUAAAUAGAGAGAAUAAUAAUGUUAGUGUUCAUAUGCACAUUUAUAUUGAUACUUUAAAGUAUGUUUUCACAGGUGACACUGUUUGACACUACACAAGAACAAUAAACAACAAGUACAGUGAA